AUGGGAAGCCGCCUCCAUGAUCUCGAAAAGGGCAAGGGCGACGCUACCCUUGUGGCAGACUUGGACGAAGAGAUGGGCCACAUGAUCGAUGCUUUGCAUGAGGUGGAGACCGACUUCGACAAUUUGUACAAGCAGUCGAGCCGUGCCAGCAUGCCCGCACCGCCUCAGAGCCAGCAGUGA